CGGGCGGCCCCGCCGCCCCUUCCCCGUCCCUUUCGCUUUCCCUUUCCCUUCCCCGCCGCGCCUCCAUGGAUUCCUCGUGCUCGUACCGCUUCUGGGUGGAGGAGGGCAAGGCGGAGGACUACGACUCCACCUGGGAGGGAGAGGAGGAGGAAGAGGAAGAGGAGGGCGAGGAGGAGGAGGAUGGCGGCGGAGGCGAAGCGGAGGCGGCAGCCGGGGAGGAGCCGGAGGAUGCGGGGGAGCAGCCGGGGUCGGUCAAGGAGCGAGACUGCCGGUCUAGAUGCUCUUCUUUCUGGAAGAAGCUGCUAGUGUUUCUGUUCGGUCCUGAGUCUAGAUGGUAUUCUUUCUGGAAGAAGCUGCUAGUGUUUUUUUUCGGUCCUGAGUCUAGAUGGUAUUCUUUCUGGAUGAAGCGUCUAGUGUUUUCAUUUGGUACUGAGGAGCAGAGCUCGAAUUCAUCACGGCUGUAUCAGGUCAGCUGGAGGCGCAACUGGACUGCAGCCAAAGACCUGCAGAGAUACAGACACCACUACCCAGGUUUGAAAGAAUCAGAAAAUGAGGACGAAGAAGAGAUGUGGAACUUCAGCUUUUAUAAAAAUGAGGUUUCUUUUAAGCCCCAGGGUGUGCCUAUUGAAGAUCUGCUUUCACAUUGGUGGGAUGACUAUGAAAUUCUGGAAGACAACCAUUCUUACAUACAGUGGCUGUUCCCUUUACGUGAACACGGGAUGAACUGGCUUGCCAAGCCACUCACCUCUCAAGAAAUCGAGGCCUUUAAGAGGUCCGAGGAAGUUAUGGAAAGGUUUGUACGUGCUUAUGAGCUCAUGCUGAGAUUUUAUGGAAUCGUUCUGGUCAACAAGAAAACUGGAGAACUUAAGAGAGCAAAGAACUGGGCUGACAGAUUUGAUAACUUGAACAGGUUCAGCCACAACAACCUGCGGAUCACUCGCAUCCUGAAGUGCCUGGGGGAGAUGGGAUACGAACGCUAUCAAGUGCACUUGGUAAAGUUUUUCCUCACGGAAACUCUUGUUAAGGGGACACUGCCAAAUGUCAAGAAAAGUGCCUUGGAUUACUUCCUGUUCACCGUCAGAAGCAAACGGAGGAGGAGAGAACUGGUCCACUACGCUUGGCAACACUUUAAACCUCAGGAAGACUUCGUGUGGGGGCCAAAGGAGAAACUGCAGAAGUACAGACCCCGCCCUGCCAAGCCACAGCUCCACCAAAAGGCUGAAGGUAGACAGGAAACUCCUGGUAAAAAAUGUGGUGAUUCUGAGGGAAAGGAUCAGAACCAGCCUCCAGAGACGGAACAGAAAGCUGGAGAUGCUGCGAAGUUGCAGCCUGAAGCGAGUGAUGAAGAUGGAAAAGAGAAGGUAAGCAAAUGUGCUUUGGAGGGAGGAGAUGAUGAAGAGGAGAAAGAAGCUUCAUCUGCCCAGCUGGAGGAAAAGGAUUUAAACAGUGAGGCUGAAGAAGUGCAGGGUACACCAGAGAGCGACUGCACAAAGGAGAGCAAGAAGAGAAAACUGGAUGCAAAUAUGGCAGACGCUAAAAAGGUUGGACCACUGAAAAGCUCUACUGAUAUUGAAAACAUUUCCCAUAAUCUGGGAGAAUGUGCAAUUAAUGCAGAAAUUCCCUCCUCAGGCCCGCCUUCACAAGCAGAAGAGGACCAGGAAGCACUGAAAGAAGAUGAUGCAAGCACCAAACACUCAGCAGCGCCAGAGACCAUUGAUGCAGCUGUGAAACGGAGGAAAGUUGAUAAAAGAACAUCGAAACCCUCAGCCUGUGGUGCCGAGGAAAACCCAUCUGCUGCAAAGCCUGAGGCUGAAAAAGAAAAUGUCAGUGAGAAAAAUGCAACUGUGGAAGUGAGAAGUGAGAAGGGGGGUGGUGGUGAUGCAGAUGGUGAGGCUGUAAGACCCCUGGCUGGUUCCAGGCUCCCCAGGACUGGCUCUGCUUAUCCAAGAAUUGAUGCCUGUGAUUUGAGUGGAGAUCAAGGCACAGUGGGGAUUGAUCAGCACCACUGCAACAGCACACUCCUGGGGGGUAAAAGUGAGGCAGAUGGGGUAGAACAGCAGAAAAAGGCAGAAAAUGCAGACGAGAAAGGGCAAACAGAACCCACAGACAAGAAACAAGCUCCAGAGAGUCUUGAGCAGAGCACAACACCCACUUGUCCUGAAGAAGAUGGUGCUGAGGUUGCAACACAGAAAGCUGAGAGCUCUGAGCAUGCAGCAGAGCCUGGUGGAGAGCAGGGAGCAGCAGAGCCUGGUGGAGAGCAGGGAGCAGCAGAGCCUGGUGGAGAGCAGGGAGCAGCAGAGUGAGAGCAGCACAGCAAGUCCUUGAGCAAGCAGAGAUGACACUCCCCCAGCUGCAGGGAGCCAGCUUGGAUAAGAAAAGUAUAGGGAAAAAUAAACUUCCUUUGGGAUGAUCCAGACUUGCCCCUGUCUCACUUUUACUCUGUCAUGCUUUUUUAGUCAUCUGUAGUAAUAUCACCGAGAUCCAGCUCUUGGUUACCCUAAAGAGGAAAACUUCAAUUUAGUCAUCUUUGUGGACAGACCCUGUCCUGUUUCUGGUUUUUAUCUGAUGUUCAGGGCUAUCUUGGAGCAACGGGGAUUUUUGCACUUUGUUUUUAUUCUGGUAUAUCCCUUCUGAAAGAGAAAAGGAAAAAAUAUUUCUUUCCUUGUUUGAAAUAGUUAAAUAUUUAUUAAAUACAUGAUUUUUAAUGUAAGCAUGACCUAGUAUACCAGGCCUUUCUCUUACUGUGUAACUUCUGUUAUUUUGAAAGGCUGUACUUUCCCAGGAGUUUUUUCCUGGGAAAAGUGCUGUUUCCCUAAAAUAGAUGAGUAUAUGGAUUUCACAGAUGUCAGAGUGUCGCUGCCUCUAUAAAGAAAGUAGGUUUGACUUUAGCCUGGGAUAAAAUGCAUAAUCAAACAUAGUUUUGAUCAGUAUGAGCCUUUGUGUAGAUACUGUUCUGAAGUGCAAAGUGCUGAGUAAUUUGCUCUCUUCAUCCCCACAGAGGUUGAUUUGUAGUUCCUGUUAGAGUUGUUAAUAAUACGAGUUGUCCACUCAUUUCUAAGAGAAAAACCUUCAGAUUUUGCAUAAAACUCUAGAGCUGCUCCUCCCGAGGUUUUCUCACCACGUUUAGACCUGUUACUGUCUUCCACAGAUACUCGUGUCCACGACUGGUUCAAAGGCCUUCCUUUCUCACUUGCCAAAAGAGCACAAAUUUUUCCCACUGCAUUUUUUUUCAGCCUUUGCUGGGACUUUGCCAUGGCCUGUGGGGCUCUUUUCUGCAGCCCCGUUGUGUGAGGUCGGACGUGUCAGAUCCAACCCAUUUCCUAGUUAGGGCAGGACUGGUUUGCCAUUAAUGGUCAGUGUGUCAAACAGUGAGGGCAUGUCCGAGUGCAGCAUGUCUGGAAACCACUGGGCUUUGUGGGGCAGUUAAUUGAAGCUUUAAUUGGAGGGGGUACGCUUGUCUGGUUCGUUUAUUUGCAGCCCUCAAGAAUUCACUUUCAGACCUUGCCAGCCAUUUGCCUGCAUUCGUGUUCCUGACCUCCCUGUCAGCUGUUCUGCCUGGCUUACACCAUAUUCCACCGAGUCUGAAAGAGCAUUAAACAGCUUAGCUCAGAAAAAUUGACAACAGUGACCCGUUUCACGAAGCAGAGGAAACGGUUCCCAACAGCCAGAAGGUCUCGACUCGCUGUUUGCUCAGAUUGUUUGGUUUGGUUUUGGGGUUCUUUGGUGCUGUUUGGUUGAUGCAGCAGCCUGUGCAAUGUUAAUGCUUCUCCUCUCUCUGCUACAGUUCUUAAGAAGCUUUAUCUUUCAAGGAGUUUGAUGGGUGACUUGCCUUCCCAGACUGUAGGUCCUGAGCCAGCAUGCCACAUAUGUGUGUGUGGGUAUAAAAGUCUGCAAGCUCAACAUCUUAAGUUGGUGGUCACACACGUGCUGGAAAAAGGCUUUAAUGUUUUUAAAUUACUUUUUUUUUCUUCUUCUUAUGAACAAAUGGAGUUAAAUAGCCAGUAAGAAUACACUUAACUGCAGAUACAAAUACUUGAAGAUGCUGAGUGAAAAUUCUUUCCUAAGAGAUUCCUAAGAAUUGUUAAUUGUGGCUUUUGUACAGAUUUAUAGUAAUUUUCUUAUUUAAUGAAAUUUUCCUUAUGAAUAUGUGCUCACUUGGGGCAUAGAUCGUAUAUCUUGUUACGGUGAGUUGGUUUUGUGUUAAUUGAGAUUUAUUUCACUGUGAGCCCCAGCCUGGAGUGAGUGCUCAAACCAAACCCUUUCCUGUCAUACCCAGUUUAAAGUUUUGGCUGUGUGUGUGGUGAGUUCACAAGAUGUUUCCCAGCACUCAGAGUUGUAUCACAGAGUCUGUUAUGUUAAUUCCCUUAUUAAAGCAUGACUUUAUUGCA